AGAAGCAGGCGCAGAAGCAGGAAGUGACAGGAGGAGAAGAUGUUGACGUUCAGUUUAACCCUGGUGAGACAUGGGGAAACGACGUACAACCGAGACAAGCUGCUGCAAGGUCAAGGCGUGGACACGUCCCUGUCAGAGACGGGUUCGCUGCAGGGAGAAGCAGCUGGAAGAUACCUCAGAGACAUCGCCUUCAACAACGUGUUCGCCAGUAACUUACAACGGGCUGUGCAGACUGCUGAACUCAUCGUGAGGAGCAACACUCACUGUUCUGGCAUGGAGAUGGUCCUGGAGCCGUUACUCAGAGAGAGGGGUUUCGGUGUCGCUGAAGGACGACCCAAAGAGCAUCUGAAGAACAUGGCCAACGCCGCCGGCCAGUCGUGUCGAGAUUACACGCCUCCAGGAGGAGAGACUUUAGGACAGGUGAAGCUGCGAUUCAAAAAAUUCCUCAAAGUCCUUUUCAAGCAAAUGCUGGAGGAACACGGAGCGUCUGGGUCGGACGCCUCUGAUGGAGCGUUAGCCGGUGGAGACGCCCCAGAGGACGUGGCAGCUGCCGCCUCGGACGCCCCCUCGGUCGGUGCGGCUGACGACGGCCUGCAGGGUCUCGCGGUCCACGCUCUGGUGGUGAGCCACGGCGCCUACAUCCGCGUGGCCAUCGGGCACCUGGUGGAGGACCUGAAGUGCUCCCUACCUGCAGGGGUGAAGAUGUCCCACAUGAUCGCACCCUGUCCAAACACCGGCAUCGGCCGCUUUAUCUUCACUCUGAGGGCGUCCGAGUCCGGCCCGGUGCUCUCUGCCGCUCGCUGUGUGUUCACCAACAGAACGGACCACCUAGCAAAGGUCACAGCCGCUGAGUAGUGAGUCGACGUUCUGUGUGUGUGCAGCAACUGUGCAUGUUAUGUUCAACAUGUAAAGAAACAAACGCUAAAGGGAAAUAAGAGACCUCAGGAGUUACCACGGGUAACCCAAACAAGAAUGAACAGGGUAUAUGGUGUUUUAUUCAGUAAUCUAUAUGUUUUACUGUGGAUCAGUAAUAUAAAUACUGUAUUAUCAAACAUGUGAUCCUUCCAACUGUAGGCCUGUAAAGACUCGAGUGUCAGUCUCCAUAUUUAAUGUAUUAUUACCUCUUUUAUUGCCAAAGUCUAUUUAGUGUUUGCGUAAACACUGAUGAGUCACAUGUGCAGCUGCUCAUUUUUACUUUUACGUGCAAUAUAAGAUGACAACACUAAA